AACCCUAGCUGCCGCCUCCACAUCGACACGCCCACACAAAGAGGUGGCCAAGAUGAAGUACAAUCCCAGGGUCUCCUCCUCUCGCCGCAAGAAUCGCAAGGCGCACUUCACGGCGCCGUCGAGCGUCCGGCGCUUACUGAUGAGCGCGCCGCUCUCGGCAGACCUCCGCCAGAAGUACAACGUGCGGUCGAUGCCUGUCCGUAAGGACGACGAGGUGCAGGUGGUCCGUGGCCAUUUCAAGGGACGCGACGGCAAAGUCGUCCAGGUCUACCGCCGGAAAUGGGUCAUUCACAUCGAGCGCGCAACUCGUGAGAAGGUCAAUGGGCAAACCGUCAACGUUGGUAUCAACCCCUCAAAGGUCGUCAUCACUAAGCUCCGCCUUGACAAGGACCGGAAGUCGCUUCUCGACCGAAAGGCCAAGGGUCGUGCUGCUGCCGAUAAGGACAAGGGUACCAAGUUUACUGCUGAAGACAUCAUGCAGAGUGUUGAUUGAAUCAAACAUUGAUUCAGUAGGUUUUGGUGGAUAGCAAAGAUUCCCGCUUUUAAGUUUUAAUUUUUAUAUUCAGUAUGUUGUGUGAUGGAUCUGGAAUUUCAUUAGGGUUUUUGAAAACCUUGUGGAAUUUUGCAGUAUUUCAAUUUUAUAUUUCGAUUUCUUCUAC